UGUGAGAGACAGCCAGUUGCGUACGGUACGGCAUCGGAUUCAGUCGAAAGUUCGGGGCGGAAGGAACAGAACGCCUUGCCGUAAUCAGCCGGUACCGCUUGCCGCAGCAGGGAACGAUAAUCGCUGGAACGGUUGGCUGCAUCCCCAUCCAGAUCGGUCCACGGUGUGCUGGUGUUCUUCGUCCUUAUCUGUGUAAAGCUGUGUCCGCGCGCGUGUGUGUCUAUGUGUGUGUGUGUUUAAGUGUUCAUCUUCAGGAAGCUUCAAGGACUGACCGGUGUCACUGACCGGAAAGAAGCCUCCAUAUUGUGUGUGCUGUAAGCUGUAAGCUGUUCAAAUUGAUUCCUUCUCCCCCAAAAAAAGUAGUUCCAACACACGCUGAGUUGCCACAGUAAACAGUAACUCCCGUUUACCGCACAACAGUGCACAAAAGUGUAUUUAUUAGAAACGGUUCUCCAAGUAAGUGAAUGUAACGAUUAAACCACACCAAACACACACACACACAUAGAAAAUGGCCGGCAUAUUGUUUGUGGUGCACAUUCCUUCCGCCCGGUACGAGCGGGAGCUGCGGCGCAAGGAGCAGGAGCUGCUGGCUAAAACGGCCACCGUCACCACGGAAGAUGAAAAGGAUGGCGAACGGCCGUCCGGCAAGUCGGACGAGAUGGAACCGUUCGUCACGCCGCAGCCCAAAAAAGUGACCUCCAAGAUACCGAGAUCGAGCAAUGUAAUCAAAGCAUCGGACGAUGACAGCAAGAAGGCGGACCCCGUUGGUCCACCGACGAUCAAGUUUAUCGAUCAGGAUGGGGAAGAGAUCGCAACGCAAACGGCCGAUUCGAAGGAGGGCGACGAGAAGGAUGCGGACGGUGGCGAUAAGGGAAAGGACAAGAAGUCCAACUUUCUGGCGGAACCGUUCGAUCGUGCCUCGGCGUUGCGCAAAUCGUGGGAUGGCUUUAAGGAUCUGAUCGGCUCGGCCCGGAAGGAGAAGACGGCCCGCGAGGAGGCGGCCGAGAAGCUUACGCUGACCGGCGACUCGUCGAUGGAGGAGGUGCUGAAGACGAUCAUCCAGGAGAAGCGCAUCCACACGGCGGCCUGGAUCGAGACGGACAAGGGCAAUGGAUUUCAUAUCAUGUUUUCGAUCGAAUCGGGCCCCAUUUGCGACGACGUCAUCUACAUGCUAAGCUCGUGGGGCGUUGGUCAGCGCUUCAACUCGACCAUCUCGAUCACGUCAUGCACGCUGUACAGUCAGCCGCCGGAAGUUACGGAAGAGCCGGGUGAAGACGGUGCCAAGGCUGGUGAGAUGAACAAAAACAACGACGGAAGCGCGUGGAACACCUUCCUGUCGACUGUACGGGCGCGGCUAAACGUGGCCCAGAUCGUGGAGGAGGUAAAGCACGACGCCCAGGUGUCGUUCGAUUUCGUCUCCAUGCUUGCGGUGGCCAGUAUUUUGGCAGCGUUCGGCCUUGUGGAGGACAGUUCAGUCUUCCUCAUCGCCAGUAUGUUGAUUUCGCCCCUAAUGGGUCCCAUUAUAGCCGUUAUCUUCGGCACCGUUGUCAAAGAGCGCACGCUACAGCUGAUUGGGCUGAAGAAUGAAAUCAUCGGCAUUAUGCUCACCGUUACGGUGGGCUUCAUUUUCGGCCUGAUCGUGUGCAGCAUAGACGAUCGGUACAGUGUCGGGGAGGGCAUUACGCACGAAAUGUUGGCCCGCUGUGAAACGCACUCGCUGCUGGUCGGUAUUGCGAUUGCGCUGCCGUCCGGGGCCGCGGUAGCCAUUGCCAUUUUGGGCGAAAACAUCGGUUCGCUUGUCGGUGUGGCCAUCUCGGCUUCGCUGCUUCCACCGGCUGUCAAUGCGGGUGUUCUGUGGGCUUUAUCGUGUCUGUACUUCCUGUUCGGCUCGGAGGAGUCUCGCUACGGCACGCUCAUCAAGACGCAAAUCUACUCGGAAAAUCAGGGCAUCGAGCUGUUUACUCUGGGCUGUAUGAGCAUGUCGUUGACGUUGCUCAACAUUUUCUGCAUUUACCUUGCCGGUGUUGUGUUCUUAAUUAUCAAGGAGGUAGCACCGGUGGUACCAAAGGACCAGAAGCAGUUCUGGAAGCACGACAUUAAGAUUGCGCGCGACUACAACCGCACCCUGCACACGCAGGACGGCCACUCGAUGAGCAAGAAUCUGAUGCAGGAGCUGGCGUCCCUGCACCACAACAACGAUACGGUCGGUGGGCUACGCGGGGACUAUCUGCUCAACUCCGCCUCGAAGGCCAACCAGAACACCUGGUCGCCGAGACACAACUACCACCAGCGAGACCACCGGCCGACGAUGCAGGAGCUCGAGGCGCUGUACCUGAGCCUGUCGGCCAACACUACCGAGAACCAGUUCCACUACUCGUCGCACCAUGCCGCGCCACAUUUCAUGAGCUUCGAGCGGCUGUCCACCUCACCGACGCAACAUCGGCGCAUGAACCCGUCCAACCCGAUCAACAUCCACGGUGGAAUCUCCCGGCACAGCCGCUUCUCGGAGUCGCUGCGCGGUGCCUCAGCUCCGCUGUCCAAAAUCCUCGAGGACGUUGCGGCCGGCACUUCCGGUGCGAAGGGUGAGCCGAGCCACGGUGCGCAUCACGGUGGCAAAAACACGCGAAGCUACGGGCUGCCGGGAUUUAAGCGAAGCUCGAAAAAGUUCACCGUAACGCCGGCCUACGAUCCGAUCCAGAAGGAGUAGGAGCUAAAAGUGCCGGUGCGGCGAAAGGAAGUCGGGAAGGAUCUUAAUUGUAUUCACAAAAUGGCUGUUUGUUUAUCGUUUUUAUGGAUGCGGCGUGUAGUGUGUAGCGCGUUCGGCGGUGCUGGGAGGGAACCGAUCGAGCCGGGAUCGGAGCCGAGCUUUUGUAUUUGUUCUAGUUCUUAUUGUUUCGAUUUCUCGAUUAUUACUGCGUGUUGUUGUGUAAGUGUGUAAGUUUAUUUAGCGCCACCGUUCUAGCCGCGUGUUUUCGUAUGCUUCCCCCCAUGCUGUACUAUCCCGUCCACUAUCCCGAAGGGGGCACCGUCGCAGGGCGUUGUAAAUAGUCGUGAAGUCGUGUAAGGCCCGUGUCCUAGUAGUUAAGACAAAAACAGGUAAGGGAAGACAACACAGGUUGUCUACCAGCCAUGGGUGGCGGGAUGAGGUUGCACUAGUCUCAAAGAAGGGAAAUGAGAACGGAAGGAUAUAAGUAUCAAAGGUCGAAAGUUCAGAAUCCUAAUGUAUGUGUAGGUAAUGUACUUAAACAGGUAAAAAAGGAGUAAGUGAUGCUAAAAGAUGCUAUCGAGCGUCGGCCAAAGCGAUUAUACUGAUCGUGUGAAACGAUGAUUUGUAAUAAACGUCGUGUCCGUGGAAGAAGAAA